GCAAGUGGCCUUGGAGUGAGGUAUAUAAGGGCGGGGCAGGGAAGAUGUCUUCAGUCUUGGGUCUCCUCCUGAACUGAUCUAAUCAUCAUGAAGGUCCUGGUUGUUCUGUGCGCUGUUGCCGCCUGUGUUGUGGCCAAGCCUUUUGCUGGCUAUGCCUACAGUGCCGCCGCCCCACUGACCAGCCCCUACGCCUAUGCUGCACCCUACUACGCCGCACCCCACCUGGCGUAUGCUGCCCCUGCCCCUAUCGCCCCUGCCGUAGUAGCCGCUCCCGUCGCUGCCCCUGUUGGAAUCAAGACCCAAUACUAUGCCCAGGACUUCACAGGUCUUGUCAGCUACGGACACUCUGAGCCCUUCCAGGCCCAGAGCGUUGUUCAGGAUGCUGCUGGCAACAAGGUUGGAAGUUUCAGCUAUGUUAACCCUGAGGGCAAAGUGAUCCAGACCAACUACAUUGCCGAUCACGAGGGUUACCGUGUGGCCAGCAACGACCUGCCCGUGGCCCCUGAAGUUCCCGCUGUCGCCCCUGCUGCGCUCCCUGAGCCCGUCCAGGACACCCCCGAGGUUGCCGAGGCUAAGGCCAAGUUCUUCAACGAGUUCGAGCAGGUCAAGAGCCGUGCCAGGAGAUCAGCUCAGGUCCAGACUCCCGCCAGCACCUCACCCCUGGCUGCCCCUACCGUUGUUGCCACCCCCGUCGCUCGCGUUGCAGCUCCCUUUGCCCCCAUUGCUCCUUUGGCUCCCGUUGUCUCCGCCUACUCCACCCCUGUUGUAGCCCCCUACUCCGCCCCUCUGGCCUACCCCUACAACUACCCUUACUACCCCAGCGUUGUCUACAGCAAGUAAGCGCCCCAAACCUCAGAUGAUUACUCCGUCCAGUUCCAGAUCUGCAGAGACCCCAGUUGGGUACUAGCGGAGUUUUCAUCCUGAAAGGGGUGUCAAAAAUUCCUAACCUUUAUAAGGGCAUUACUUUAUGACUGUUACCUUUUUCUCUUCUUCUCACUCUUUAUUUGUUUGUAAAAACGUAAAUAAAGUUAUUCUAUAAACUUUA